CGAGGAGAGGGAGGAGUCCCUCCCGCCUCCGCCUCCUGCUGGAGGGGAGCCGAGGGAGGGGACUGUUGCUGAUCUCUGGAUGUUCUGGGUAGUCUGAGGAGAGUAUGAGGCGAGCUCUGGCCCGGGUGCGGCCGGGUUUGAGAGGCGAAGGCGGUGCCGCCGCCGCCGCCAUCUAAGUCGCCGUGCCUACGAGGCCCUGCGCGCGGAUGGUGCCGGUGCGGCUGGGGUGUUGAUCGCGUGUCCCCUCCCUCUUCUCCCCUCCUCCAUUCGGGGGUCUCCCCUCCUACCCCGGCUCCGCAGAGCCAUGCCUCGGGGUGGCUGCUGCCCACACCUGUUGUGGGACGUAAGGAAAAGGUCCCUCGGGCUAGAGGACCCGUCCCGGCUGCGGAGCCGCUACCUGGGAAGAAGAGAAUUUAUCCAAAGAUUAAAACUUGAAGCAACCCUGAAUGUACAUGAUGGCUGUGUUAAUACUAUCUGUUGGAAUGAGACGGGAGAAUAUAUUUUAUCUGGUUCAGAUGACACCAAGUUAGUGAUUAGUAAUCCUUACAGCAGAAAGGUUUUGACAACAAUUCGUUCGGGACACCGGGCAAAUAUAUUUAGUGCAAAGUUCUUACCAUGCACAAAUGAUAAGCAGAUCAUAUCCUGCUCUGGAGAUGGGGUAAUAUUUUAUACCAAUGUUGAGCAGGAUGCAGAAACCAACAGGCAAUGCCAAUUCACGUGCCAUUAUGGGACAACCUAUGAGAUUAUGACUGUACCAAAUGAUCCUUACACUUUUCUCUCUUGUGGUGAAGAUGGAACUGUUAGAUGGUUUGAUACUCGCAUCAAAACUAGCUGCACAAAAGAAGAUUGCAAAGAUGAUAUUUUAAUUAACUGUCGACGUGCAGCCACUUCUGUAGCUAUUUGUCCGCCGAUACCAUAUUAUCUUGCUGUUGGUUGUUCUGAUAGCUCAGUAAGAAUAUAUGAUCGACGAAUGCUGGGCACAAGAGCUACUGGGAAUUAUGCAGGUCGAGGCACUACUGGAAUGGUUGCCCGUUUUAUCCCUUCCCAUCUUAAUAAUAAGUCCUGCAGGGUGACAUCUCUGUGUUACAGCGAAGAUGGUCAAGAAAUUCUCGUUAGCUACUCUUCAGAUUACAUAUAUCUGUUUGACCCAAAAGAUGAUACAGCACGUGAACUUAAAACUCCUUCUUCAGAAGAGAGGAGAGAAGAGUUACGACAGCCUCCAGUUAAGCGUUUGAGACUUCGUGGUGAUUGGUCAGAUACUGGACCCAGAGCAAGACCUGAGAGUGAACGAGAACGAGAUGGAGAGCAAAGUCCCAACGUAUCCUUGAUGCAGAGGAUGUCUGAUAUGUUGUCACGAUGGUUUGAGGAAGCAAGCGAAGUGGCACAGAGCAACAGAGGACGGGGAAGAUCUCGAUCAAGAGGUGGAACGAGUCAGUCAGGUGUUUCCGCUCGUCCCACUGUCCCAUCAAGUACUGAUUUGGAAGUAGGUGAAACAGCAAUGGAAGUCGAUACUCCAGCUGAGCAGCGUCUUCAGCCUUCUACGUCCUCUGCGGUGUCAGCUCAGGCUCACUCGGCAUCAUCUUCUGCAGAAAGCCCUCGUUCUACUUCUUUGCUGUCUUCUCCAGACAGUGAGCAAAGGCAGUCUGCUGAGGCUUCUGGACACCAUGCACAUCGUCAGUCUGAUUCUCCUUCUUCUGUGGUUAACAAACAGCUCGGAUCCAUGUCACUUGAUGAGCAACAGGAUAACAGUAGUGAAAAGCUGAGCCCCCAGCCCGGGACAGGCGAACCAGUCUUGAGUUUGCACUACAGCACAGAAGGGACGACUGCCAGCACCAUAAAACUGAACUUCACUGACGAGUGGAGCAGUACAGCCUCAAGUUCUAGAGGAAAUGGCGGCCACUGCAGGUCUGAGGUUCAGGGGGAAGACUUGGCCCCGCAGAGCUCGGUGCGGCCACCAGAAGGAGACGGUGAGACAAAAGCUCCUGAGACAUCAUUUGAAGAUGUGACAAAAUAUCAGGAAGGUGUAUCUGCAGAAAACACAGUUGAGAACCAGAUAGUUGUAGAUAAGCUCACAUCUGAGCCAUUGGAUUCCAGCUCAGGAGAAAGGAACGACCUCUGUCUUGAUAGCCCUUGUGGGGUUCCAGAAGAAUCCAUUUUAUCUGAAAAAGGCAAGGAACCAGGAACUUCAGAUCAGCUUAGCACUGAGAGUGCUACCAAUCAGAAUAUCGCCAGUCCUGACCCUCAGUCCCAAACAGAAGCCACUGGGCCAUCAGUCCAUGAGGAAACAUCAGCCAGGGACUCUGCUCUCCAGGACACAGAUGACAGCGAUGAUGACCCAGUUCUGAUCCCAGGUGCAAGGUACCGAGCAGGACCUGGUGAUAGACGCUCUGCUGUUGCUCGUAUUCAGGAGUUCUUCAGGCGAAGAAAAGAAAGGAAAGAAAUGGAAGAACUGGAUACUUUGAACAUUAGAAGGCCACUAGUAAAGAUGGUUUAUAAGGGUCAUCGCAACUCCAGGACAAUGAUAAAAGAAGCCAAUUUCUGGGGUGCUAACUUCGUAAUGAGCGGUUCCGACUGCGGCCAUAUCUUCAUCUGGGAUCGGCACACCGCUGAGCACCUGAUGCUCCUGGAGGCUGAUAAUCACGUGGUCAACUGCCUGCAGCCGCAUCCCUUUGACCCAAUUUUAGCCUCAUCUGGCAUAGAUUAUGACAUAAAGAUCUGGUCACCGCUGGAAGAGUCGAGGAUUUUUAACCGAAAACUUGCUGAUGAAGUUAUAACUCGAAAUGAACUCAUGCUGGAAGAGACUAGAAACACCAUUACAGUUCCAGCCUCUUUCAUGUUGAGGAUGUUGGCUUCACUGAAUCACAUCCGAGCUGAUGAUAAGCUGAUGUUCAGUGUCAUGGAUACACAAAAAUGCUGGUAUUACAACUGUUACGCAAGAAGGAAUUGAAUAAUCUGUGUUCAUAACAAUAGAAAAGGUCCAGUAUCCAUUAUAAAGCAAAAUAUGAUUUCUUGUUUAUCACUCUUAAUUGAUGUCAUAAGUUAAAUUUCCUUAUAUAUGGGGUAUUAUCAUUUAAUAAUAACAUUUAUAGAGUUCCUGUAAUGUGUCCAAAGUAGUCAUUUCAAAAAUUUAUCUUUAUAUAACUCCAGCCCUUUACAAGGGAUGUUAUUUGUAAUGACUUACCCAAAGUCACAGAACUGAUAAACAGUGAGCCUGAACUUGAAACCAGCUUUCUAAGCCUUUACUCUCCUUUGACCUAGAAAUUCCACUCACAGGGAUAUAGUCAGGUCAUUAAUAAGGUUUGCAAGGCUCUGGAUGAUCUGAUCUUAAACUACUUUUCUAGUUCAUUUAUAGUACUUUCCUUCUCUAUACUCCAUCCACUCUGGCCCUCUUGAAACCAUUGGGAUAUACCAAACUCUUCUUUUAUAACUAUGCUACCCUCUCCCGUCCUCACUGUAUGUUAGGAUAACAUGCACUUAUCCUUCAGGUCUACAUAAGCAGUGACUUAAGUAUCACUUCUGAGAGAGGAGGAAUAAAGAGAGAAGUAUUCCAGACAAAGUAAACAACAUGUAGCAUUUUCAAAGCCCUGAAGGAGAGAG